CUUCCCACACCAAAACCGAAAACAAAAACAAAAACAAAAGCAAAAACCUAUUUCCUUUGUUUCUUCUCACAAUUCUUGUUCCUGUUUCAUGGCAGUGGAUAUGGUGGAUCCUGUUCCCAGAACCAGGAUGGAGGAACAAUUAGCAAUACAAGAAGCUGCUUCCGCUGGUUUGAAAAGCAUGGAGCAUCUCAUUCGCCUCCUUUCUCCCUCUCCCUGCAAUUCUUCUUCUUUUUCUUCUAACAACAACAACCUCGACUGCUCCCAAAUCACCGACUUCACCGUCUCCAAGUUCAAACAGGUCAUUAACCUUCUCAACCGCACCGGCCACGCCCGCUUCCGCCGUGCACCGUCCCAACCCCAACCCCAGGCCCCACCGCAACCAAACCCACAACCACAACUUCAAGCCCAACCUCAAACCCAACAAGGUUUCACUUUGGAUUUCGUUAAACCCACCAUUCUCAACUCUAAGCCCUGCAACAAAGACGAAACUCUCACUCUCUCCACAACCACCACCACCUCCUCUUCCUUUUUAUCCUCCGUCACCAACGACGCCAGCGUCUCCGACGGAAAGAUCGGUCCUUUCCUCCCUCCCUCCGCCGCCAAACCUCCUCUCUCCUCAUCCCACCGGAAAAAGUGCCGCGACGCCGCGCUCUCCGCCAAACCCUCCUGCCACUGCUCCAAGAAAAGGAAAUCACGCGUGAAACAAUCCAUCAGAGUCCCGGCGAUAAGUUCCAAGAUCGCCGACAUCCCGCCGGACGAGUACUCGUGGAGGAAGUACGGGCAAAAACCGAUCAAGGGUUCACCUUUUCCUCGUGGGUACUACAAGUGCAGCACCGUCAAAGGGUGUCCGGCGAGGAAGCACGUGGAGCGCGCGCAAGAUGACCCGAAGAUGCUGAUAGUGACGUACGAGGGCGAGCACCGUCACGCGCUUCCGUUGCCUGCCGCUACCGGCGGUGGUUUCGGGCUUUGAGCUUGUUAGCCAACGGCGUGGUGUCGGAAACUCGAGGGAAGUGCCCGUCCGGCCGUGACGGUAACGGCGGAUGCGAGGAAGCGCGGAAAAGUUGGGUUGGAAGUCAACUUUUGCGGUGUGGACUUUGACGGAGUCGUCUAAAUUUGACGAGGACUUUUGUGUAAAUUUGACCCGAAAUGAAAUGAAAAUAUAGUGAAUCGUUUUUUAUUUAUGCAAACGAGGCAUUUAUUUAUUU